AUGGAAGAGAGAGGAAUAUCAAAAAAGAUAAUAGUAGUAGGAGAUGGAGGGUGUGGAAAGACGUGUCUGCUCAUUAAAUACACAGAGAACAGGUUUGAGAAGGCGCACACCGUCACAGUCUUUGAAAACAAGACAGUUCCGUACUUGGACAGGGUCACAGGAAAAACAUACUCCCUUGACCUGUGGGACACAGCAGGACAGGAUGACUUUGACCGUAUAAGGAAAUUGUGCUACAUUGACACCAAUCUCAUUCUCAUAUGCUUCUCGCUGGAUAAGCCAGAGUCCUUCAAAAACAUAGAGGGAAGAUGGAAGGAAGAGGUAGACCAUUUUUGCAAGGACACUCCGAGAAUUCUUGUCGGGCUCAAGGCAGAUCUGAGGAAGACAUCGAGCGAAGAGCUGAUUUCUGAGCAGAAGGCGCUGCAGCUGACGAAGAGCGUGUCUGCGAGGUACUACAUAGAAUGCUCUGCUGCAACAGGAGAAAAUGUAGACGCUGUUUUUGACUCGGCAAUGGACAUACUUCUCAACAGGUCGAAAAAGAAGAAAGAAAAAGGGCCGUCAUGCAAGACCUCGUGA